AUGAAGGGUCUACGGGAAUUCCAUAUGACUCCUCGCUUGAUCUGGAGGGACAUCAUGGCAAUGCUCGAAGAUUGUAGCGAGAUCCGCCUUCACAUAAACCUGUCGACUGCAGAUUUCAACUUGGACAUAUCCGAGCAGUGGCUCACCAGUCUUGCCGGCUGUCAAAUUCUAGCAUCAUUGACCGUGACUGCUGAGUACACGAAUGCCAAAGAGUGCUUAGCCGUCACUCGGCCACUCAAACAGAUCUGGCUAUCAUGCAAGAACCUGCGAACUCUAGCGAUCGAUAUUGACCUUCCUUCGUUCGGAUGUUGCAUCUACGACGAACCAAAUGAGUACUGCGGCUUCGGCUUUGUCGACAAAGAAGAGCCCACGCCACUCGAGGAGCUCAACAUCAUGAAUUAUCCAUGGGGACAACACGAGCGGGAGUAUUGGGCUUACCAUCUGGACUGGAAUAUGCUGAAGCGUGUAAAAUUUGGGUGCCGAGGGUUUGGAGCCAUCGUGGUUCCGCGUGCUCGUGCCCUCGAAGAGGUGAGCUUCGUCUGUAAGCACGAUUGGGGUCUCGUGGUCGACAAGACGCAAGAGUUCGAGACCAAGCUGCGUAGUGUGGCUGUGCCAUGUCUCGACAUACUGACAAUCGCCAAAGUACCUGGGCUCAGCCUACGAUUGCGGUUCUUGACCGUGCAUAGCUAUGAACAUACCGAGGCUUGGAAGUCUCUGGAAAAUGGAGGAGACGAUUCAUUCGACCGACUCGUCGAGCUUUGUCCGUUGCUCGAAACUUUAGAGAUCGAUAUGCACAGAGAUGGCUCUUGGCCCUAUGCAAAGCUUGAGAGACUGGCGGCCGGUCUUCCAAGGCUCAGGGACUUGUCGAUCUGGUUUGCACUGGGGAGAAGUGACGCUCUCGUUGAGCCCAAAGUGACUGUGGAGGUAGUAGCAGAGAUGUUCAUCCUCCUGAGGCGGCACUCUCGGGCCCUCGAAAAGGUCACGAUCCAUUCUGGCGCUCCAUCUCCAAUUGGACUGGGUUAUCCCACAGGGCGAGCGUUUUGGCCUGGGCAGAUGUCAUUGACGAUUGUCUGUGAAAUGGCGGAGCGUGAUGAUGAGAGAGCUGCGGGACGAUUCUACAUCUCCUGCGAGGAAUUGCCGGCUUGGCGUGUAAGAGACGAUCAGUUGCAGGAUCACGUUACACGAUUCAAGGAGGGAUCAGAGGAGGGUUUUGGAGCGUCCAGGAUGCUCAGACUUGCGGUCGAGGGACCUGUAUUGUAUGAUGAAAUGAACGAAGACUUGUAUAUGUAG